AUGUUUAAUUUCGAUCCAACUGACCAACCAACUGAUCAACAUUUACUUCAACUACCAACUGAUCCACAUCCACUUCAACAACCAAUUGAUCCACAUCCACCUCCACAACCAAACAAUAAUCUACCUUUCCUCAACAACCAUACAAUAAUCUACAUUUACCCCAACAACCAACUGACCCACAUUCACAACCAAUAA